AAAACCAGAUAACAAGAAUGACAAGAAUAUUGGAGUUACUAUGACGAUAGGAUCUUAUAAUGUAUUUGAAGCUGGCUGCCGAUGUGAAGCCAUCAAAGUGGGUAAUAACAACAUAGUAGAAGCUAAAGCUAAAGUUGGAAGAAACACUGAAUUAAGCACCGGCUGUAUAAUUGGAGCCUCGUGUGACGUCAGAAGUCAGGAGACGUUGCCGGAUAACACGGUCAUCUUUGGCGCCUUGUGUAACCGUCGACUACAAGCUGAGAGACCACCCCCACAGACACUACAGUUGGAUUUCCUGAUGAAGAUACUGCCAAAUUACCAUCAUCUUAAGAAAGCUACAAAACACAGACAAAUUGAAAAAUAACCUUGACACUUGACACGUAUGGAUGACACUGGGAUGCGUUUACCGAUAUGAUGCAAGUUUCAUGUGGGUGACACUCGAUGCAGUUACCGAUAUGAUGUGCAUAUCAUUAUUCUCUGAAUGACAUUAUUCAUUACUAUGUAUAUUAUUAUUAUUAUUAUUAUUAUACUUCUAGCAUUAAAAACAAUUGGCUUUACCGCUCUGUAAAAAUCAAUCUAAACGUUCAAUCUAAAUUUACUUUUAUGUAUUCUGGAUUAUUAAAAUCACAUCUGAAAUCUUUUGGGUUUUUGUUUACAGUGUAAGCAGAAAUGCUGAAGUGUGCAACAGCAAUGGAAUCCCAUCACCAAACGCAAAUUUUCCUACAGG